AGUUUAGCAGCGACUAUGGACCCUGCGAGCUUGUGGCCACAAGAGGGCGUCCGGGAGUACGGCCCAGUCCCCGCCCCCUUUGGUUGGGACCCGACCUCUUCCCCGAGUUCCUCCUCCGGCCCCAUCCACCGCCAGCACUCGCCUGCCUCCCUUCUGCGCGAGUCCACGCAGCUCCCCAGGCCCUUCACCAGCACAGCAGCAGCAGGCAUGGCAGCAAGCGUGGAGCAGCGUGAGGGCACCAUCCAAGUGCAGGGCCAGGGUCUCUUCUUCCGAGAGGCCCGGCCUGGCAGUGGGCAGGCUCGCUUCUCUGUACUGCUGCUGCAUGGUAUCCGCUUCUCCUCUGAGACCUGGCAGAACCUGGGUACACUGCACAGGCUGGCCCAGGCUGGCUACCAGGCUGUGGCCAUUGACCUCCCAGGUCUGGGGCACUCCAAGGAAGCAGCAGCCCCUGCCCCUCUUGGGGAGCUGGCUCCUGGGAGCUUCUUGGCGGCUGUGGUGGAUGCCUUGGAGCUGGGCCCCCCAGUUGUGAUCAGUCCAUCACUGAGUGGCAUGUACUCCCUGCCCUUUCUCACGGCCCCUGGCUCCCAGCUCCGGGGCUAUGUGCCAGUGGCCCCCAUCUGCACUGACAAAAUCAAUGCUGCCAACUAUGCCAGUGUGAAGACUCCGGCUCUGAUUGUAUAUGGAGACCAGGACCCCAUGGGUCAGACCAGCUUUGAGCACCUGAAGCAGCUGCCCAACCACCGAGUGCUGAUCAUGAAGGGGGCGGGGCACCCCUGUUACCUGGACAAACCGGAGGAGUGGCAUACGGGGCUGCUAGACUUUCUGCAGGGGCUGGAGUGAAGCACAGCACUGCUGCAGGGGGUGGGCUGCCUGCCUGCUCUGAUCUCUCUCUCUCUCUCUCUCUCUCUCUCUCUCUCUCUCUCUCAUGCUCUCUCUUCUCUCAUGGGCUCUGGCCCAUGCACAUGCAACAGGUGCGUCUGUCUAUUUGUCUGGGUUCUUGUCUUUUGUAGCCUGUUUGUCUUUUCUGUUUCUUUCUUUUGCAGUAAUAGACUGAGGAGGUAAAAUCAAGAGAAAGAAACCUCAGGAAUCAAGGAACAUAAUCCGGUGGAGGGUAAUCCUUUAGAUGAGCUUCUCCUGUUCUUCCACUUUCCUGCCUAGCUUUUACUCCUUCCUCUGCUCUGCCCAGCCUUCCCCUGCCACCCCUCCUCCUUCUGCAAAUGCCCUGCAGGCCAGCCCUUUCCCCAACAUCCACUUCCCACAUACAUACAUGCCCACAUGCAUGCUUACAUAUUUAGAGCCAUCCAUGUUCCCCAAUAUGACCCUUCGCUUGAGAGCAACUGCAUAGGUCCGUGUAACUCUGGACCGACAUGCACAUUCUCAUGUGCAGCUGUGCAUAUACACACAUGCAUACUUGAGCCUCCACACAAGCACUUGCACACAUGAACACUUCUAACCAUGGCUGGGGAGGUGGGGACCCCAUGGGCCAGCCCUUGCAGGAGACCCUUUUGCAAGGCCUAGGGUGUGGCCAGCCCUGAAAGUUACUCAGCCACAGGUUUCAGCUGGCCCCAGGCCAGAAGUGGCCCCCAGAAAGGGAGGGCCACCGCUCUGUCCCCUUGCUUUUACCCUUCCUUCUGGGUGCUCUGCAUCUCCCCAAGUUACCAAGCCUGAGGCUUCUCAUCGAAGCUUGAUUCCUGCUCUGAGGCUUGAGGGGUGGGAGCCAGAGUGGAGGUCGGUGAAAUAAAGUGGUGCAAUUAGA